AUGGCACCCGUGUUCUCUGCCAACAAUGCCCUUCUGAACCCUAAAUUCGAUGGAUACAAACUGAAAAUACUAGAACAAAAAGACUGCGUCCAAAGUUUCCAGCUUCCUUCACCUGGGGUAACACAAUCAACGGUUUCUGGAAGACGAAUUAUCCCGUUCACCGAAGUUUCUGCACGCAUCAAACAUAACCACUUGAAACUGGGUAAUAAUGGUCUAUUGUACGUUGAUCAGAGCGGAGGAGUUGUAUCGGUUGAGUUUGAUGGUAAUUUUGCGCCUACAUUCCGAAACAUAUUUGAGAUACCCCAAGAGGUAUCGAGCAUCAAAUCUGAUUUAACGGAGUACCCCGUGGCGUUGGAGAUAAGUUCUGACCGUAUGUUGGUCUCGGACGGGAGUGGGAGGCUCUACCUAUCUGGCACCGAGGAGGUAUAUGAGCUAACCGAUAAAUCUGGCACCUUGAUUCCUUGCCGGCUAUUACAUACACGCCAAACUGAAACAGGUUUAGAAGUACUCAUAACAAGACGAGGGCCUAUCCCCGACGCGGCGUCCAAGGAUGCCCAGACGUAUGAACUUGUGGCACUUCGAUUGAGCUCGGGUACCCUUAGGGAGAUAUGGUCCCUACUAGGAACGAGUCUGCCCGCAGACAUUCAAUAUGACCAUGCAUCUGAAGAGUACAUUAUUUCAUCACCAUCUCCCUUCCGGCCCUCCACAGCCCCCGAAGUCCUAGAACCAACGCCCACUAAAGACGAAAUGGCACCUAUCCCCCGCGCCGGGGAAAAUCUUGAUACAGCAAGUACUACCAAUGACCAAACUACUCCUAUUCCACCUCCGCACGCAUACUCUUGGACACAAACGGAAGAUUCGGUCACAGUCAUGUUUCCUCUUCCCUCAAGCACCCCCAAAUCAGCGAUCAGAGUUACGCUGAGCAAAUCAUACCUAACUUUACAUAUUAUCUCCUCCUCUGCUUCUUCUAUCCCACUGCCAAAAUAUGCUCAAUGCCCAUGGUGGGCUGAGAUCGACUCCGGGGCCUCUCUUUGGACCUGGGAACACACCCCAGACGAACGGGAAUCCAAGGUCGGGCUUCUUACACUCCAUCUGGAGAAGAAACAUACCGAAACGAGGUGGUCGCAUGUAUUCAGCCAAUCAAGUAACGAGCCAGAAGUUCCAGAAACACUUGAUCCCUCUGAACUCGCAAACAUUCGGGAAGCUCUCGAAAAAUACACGUCAGAAAUGGCAGGCGACAUGCCAAGUUUAGCUAACCCGGAUGCAGAUGAGGAGUUGGAUGCCCCGGGUCAAGUUGGGCAGCGAGUCUUGGUGAUGCGGGUUGGUGCGCAAACAGGGAAGGUAGAGGUGGAUCAGAGGGAAGUCUCUCUUCUUUCUUCUCCUGUUUCAUCCCCAAAAUCAGGACCCCCGUCACUGGUUGUGAGGCGAGAUAUAGACGGAUUACUUUUUACUCGGUCUACUUCACAUUGGGAACAUGAAUCGACCUACUCGGCACUUUCGUUUGUUCUUGCAUCCAAAAGAGAUACUCGCUUUGUUCUUCACCACAAAGACAAGAUGGUCUUGGCUUUCGAGAGCGGGUCUACCCAUGGCACGGGAAAUGUUUACGUCUACAGGGGACACGGAAAGGCCAAGUCACAAUUCUCCGAACAGAGUGUGUUGGGCAUUGCAGACAAGGAGAGUGGGUCGCUUUUGGGAGUUGUAAUGCUCAAAGAAGGAGUGUUUUGUUGCUUGUGCGAAAGGCGAUUGAUUGUAUUGAAGGGAAUUGUGUAA